CAAGCAGAUGAGUAAGAACCUGAGCGGACAGUAAGACAGUAAGUUUACACUCAUUAAACUGACUGAAUGUCCUGCUAUGGCAAAUUUUCAAACCAGGAUUCUUGGUCUGGAUAUCUGCGUCGUCAUUAUUCUUCUGAUUCAUGCAGAUUAUUCCAGAUCUAAUCGAGAGCAAAAGAUACGGCAGCACAUCUACAAAACAGUGUUUGUGGGGGAAACAGUUACACUUCACUGCAACAAAACCCAAUAUGAUGAUGAUUUUAUUUGGAAAAUGAACAACUCUGUUAUUUUUAGUCAUAACUCUAACAGUAACAGAACAAUGAGAAACUUGAGCUCAAACAGGAUUCACAUUGACACUGCAGCUCCAAGAGAAUUAACAAUAGAUCAAAUACAAGCGUCUGAUGCAGGAAACUACAGCUGUUACCCAGCAGCAAUGAGCUGGACAUUAACAGUAACAGAAAACCAGAUCAGACCAGAAUCAUUCAAACAUAUGCGGCCGUACAUCUUCAUCAUCAUCUCAUGUUGUGGAGUCAUUAUGAUCUGUCUGAUCAUCACCAUCAGCAUCUGCAUCCACAGGAAAUCGUGUCAGAAGAUCAACUCUAGUUCAGAAAAGCAGGAUGCGAUGAUCUCUGACUGUGACAAAGACACAAUAACAGCCUGUGUCUACAGUCUUCAUAAAGUGUCAUGAACGUGAUCUUUUCUUCUCAAGACAGCAGUGUCUGUGUCUGACACUAAUCUUCUCAAUACAGAAAGAAGAUUGUCAGUCAUUUCGAUGGAUUCUAGAGAAUGAGACCAUCAUAAGAAAAAAAGUACAAACAAUCAACGUGUAUUUGCAUCUAAAAUGCUUAUUAAAAUAUCUAGAAAUAAAUGUAAUUUUCAUACAGAAAAAAUCUGAGUUUUAAUUUUGAUACGCCCUAAUUAGAUUUAUCAAUAUAAAUUGUGUGUUGUGGUGAAAAUAAUGCAGAAAAGAUCCAUCAGGGUAAACAGAGUGAUUGAAAGGUGAUUUGAUGCAAUAAAAUGUUUAUCAAAUGUCAUCACAGAAAUAAUAUUGGACUAUUACUUUUGACGAAUUGCUGUUGUGACUAACUGAAAGUAUAGUCAGAACCGACUUCAGAAGUCAUUGAGUUCUUACUGCAGAAAAACACAAGAGUUAUAACAAACACUGAGCUGCAGUAAUGCAUAACUACUAACAGUAAAGCUGAAUGAGAGACUUUAUUAAAAAUGAGCUGUCCAAAACAAAUAGCAAUGAAGAAACAUUUAAGAUAUUCCAUCUUCCUCAUGAACACACACUUGUCUUG